AUGAUGCCUGCUGGCCCGUAUCCGCUCCUUCCUUUGCCCUUCUCGCUGGUGCGAACCUGGAUUCGCCAGAGAUCCGCUGAACUCCAGCAACAACGAUGGUCGCAUGGUGCGGCCUGCAGACAGUCCAAAGUGGCUUUGCCAGCAGUAAACCCGCAACUACUUAACUUAAAUAGAACUAACCUUAAAAUAAUGAUAGGGACAAUAACGGGUCAUUGCCUCCUAAAUAAACAUCUUUUUAUCCUAGGCGCGACAGACAGCCCCUGUGCAGAGGCUGUUUCAGCGCAGAGGAAACAGUCACCCACGUAG